AUGAUCAAAGAACUCCCCAACUACUCGCGACCUCUUCCCCCUUUACCUAAAUGUAGUAGGCCACCGUCACACGGAACCUCUCUCUCUCAGACUGAAGUUGUUGAAGUUGAGUCAGAGAUCAUCUCCGAAGAUGCCGAACCCGAGCUUCCCCAGACUGUUUGGGUCCGUCCGCCCACAUCUCAUGGAUCCUCGCUCUCCAGACGUGAAGCUGUGGUGGUUGAGUCGAAGGUUAUCUACAAAGACGCCGAGGAUGAGGAGGUGGAUUCUGCAGCGCUCUAUUCCAUCGCCGAGAUCCAGUAUCGGCAGUCUAUUAGUCGGGAGCUGAAGGCGGCCAAGAGGGCUAGGAUGGAACAAAGGAAGAAGAAGGUUGCGAGAGCAUUUUGUACAAUUUUCUGCGUGAAGGGGAUGCUGAAGGGAGGUUAG